UUCAAUAUUACAAUCAUCAUCAUCAUCUAUUAUUGAAAAUAUUAUAACUGAUGGUACUGAAUUAUUUAAUACAUCAACCAAUACAACAGCUAAAAUAAUUGUAAAAGCAACACCAUUAUUAAAAUUAAUACAUGAUUAUUUAUUGGUUAUAUUACUUAUAUCGGUAAUGUUUUCAAUGGGUUGUGGUGUAACAAUUUUUGAGGUAUGGAAUCAUCUAAGAAGACCAACAGCCGUUUUAGUUUGUAUUGCUGCACAAUUUUUUCUUGUACCAUUUAUCGGUUAUUUAAUUAUAACAUUAUUAGAAUUAGAAGUUUUACAUUCAACCGGAUUGUUAAUAUUGGCAUGUUGUCCAGGUGGUGUUACAUCAAAUAUUUUCACCUUUUUAGCUGAUGGUGAUCUUCCAUUAAGUAUUACAAUGACAUCGGUUGCAACAAUUGCAGCAUUAUUAUUAAUGCCAUUAAAUGUAUGGCUUUAUGGUCGUAAUCUUGAAACAAAUAAUUUAGUUAUACCAUAUAUGGAAAUGUCAAUAACAUUAAUAUUAGUUACAAUACCGGUUAUUAUUGGUAUGAUAAUUAAUUGGCGUUUGCCAAAAUAUACACCAUAUAUAACAAAAAUUGGUGUAUUUGCUGGUUUUGGUAUUAUUUGUUUUUGUCAAUCAUUAGAAGUAAUUAUAUUUCCCGAUAUAUUUUUCGGUGUACCAUAUCGUCUUUAUACUGCUGUUAUAUUAUUACCGGCAUUUAGUUUUAUGGCUGGUUAUAUAUUUGCUAAAAUAUUUCGUUUAGAUAAUAAAAUUUGUCGUACAAUCGGUAUUGAAAUUGGUAUUAAAAAUGUUGGUUCAGCAUUGACAAUCAUUUCGCUUUCAUUUACACUUCAGCAAUUAAAAAAAGCCUGGGUAUUUCCAUUUUUAUAUGCAUUUUCAUCAUUUUUAGUUAUAUUUGCUGUUACAAUUGGUUAUAAAAUGAUAAAACGUUUGGCUUUUAAUCAAUUACAUAAAGAUUUUCAACAAGUUAAUCAAACAACAAAUGAAAAAUUUAAAAAAAAUAUUAAUAAUGAUGAAAAUGAUAAUCGUAUUAUCAAUGUUAAUGAUGAUGAUGAAAUGAAUAUUAUAAAAGAACGUUUAUUAUUAGUAAAUGAACAAAAUGUUAAACAAUUUCAGAUUAUUAAUCAAAGAUAAUUGAUUAUUGAUUAUUGAUUAUCGGGUCAUCCAGAAAAUUCUCACCGUUUUUGCCUCUUUAUUUCUAAUAUUUUGCAUUAUUUUGUUCACAUUUUUUUCCUACAAACAUUUUUCUUAAUUUAGUUUUAGCACCUUUGAUUUAUAGAAUUUUGAAAAAUUACAUUUUGUUACACACUGAUUUUAUACUCAAAAAAAACUUAAUAAUAAUU